GCCACCCGCAGCGGCAGCAACGGCAGCAGCGUUUUCCGCGCGGGUCAGGCGUCGACUGCGUCGUGUUUUUCGGCUCUCGCAAGUGCGCUUCGCGUCCGGUAGACUCGUGAGAAUCCGCGCGAGGAUGCCGCCGAAGAAGCGGGAAAAGGAACUGGACGGGCCGAAGGCACCGCGGAUCGACCAAAUUCAAGCGGACCACGAGCUGUUUCUCCAAGCCUUCGAAAAGCCCACGCAGAUCUACCGGUUUCUACGCACGAGGAAUCAAAUCUCGCCGGUAUUUCUAUACAGGAACUUAUCUUACAUGAGGCAACGCAUGUCCAGAAGUCACAAAUCCCGGCGUGGGUUUCGAAUCGACACCAUUUUGGAGAAACUAAUGUCCAAGAACAAUCAGGACCAAAAUCCAGGAGUCCGUGGGUACAUGACGCUGACCUUCCUGGGAUUUUAUGACAAGAAAGUCGAAGGUCCGCAAGAUCCGGUCAAGGUGGAAACUUUGCUGUUAAAGAUCUGCCACAAAAAGAGGAAAGACGUCAGCUCGCCGAUCAUGCAGGUGUCGGUCGGGACGAGCGAGGUGCCGAUCAAUCCAUCCGAGAAUCAACCGCCACCCAAAGCACCCACCGUCUCUAUACCUAACGAAUCCUUUAGUUUAAACAAUGGACACAUAGCCAAGACGUACAUGCUUCUACUCAGGGUGUACUGCACCUCGAACGGCAACUGCCUUAUGCACAACUGUGAUCUAGAUGAGCCCGCCCAGAAACGACGGAAGUCCAUCACCGGCGCCGUCAAAGUCGUCGGCGAGGAGGUGAAGUUGUACGGCUCGGAGCUUAUAGUAUACGAUAAGCACAAUCGCUGUCUGUUGACGGACGGGGAUUACGAGUUGGGAUUGCAAGAAGUGCAAACCAACGUUAGAUCUAGCCCGAAGAAGCACAGCUCCUGGGAGUCGAUAUCGGACACGAAGGAGUGCGGCCCCUUCGAAGUCUUUAGUCGGGGACCUACCCUGAAAUUUCGGUUAAGUUGGACCGCGGAACCGAGCAAUGGACUGGUCGAUAGACCAACUCCCAUUCACCCGCUGCCUACCGGCGACAAUAAGGAAAACCGAUCGGCUAAUGCCGGUUUGGAGAGGUCCCCUGCUGCUCACAACCUGAACAACAACAACAACAACAUCAACAACAACAAUAAUAUAAUUACCAACAACAACAACGCGUCACUGCCAACGCCUAGUCCGCUGACCCCGUCGAAGAUCUCCGUGUCGAGCGAGAAGAUGGACUCGUCGACGGUCACUCAGCAAAUCGUAUAUCAAUUUUUGUACAACAACAACAGCAGGCAACAAACCGAGGCCUGCGAGGACCUGCACUGCCCCUGGUGCUCGCUGGACUGCGGGAAGCUCUACUCCCUGCUGAAGCACCUGAAGCUCUGCCACUCGCGCUUCACGUUUACCUACGUGCCCAUCUCGCAGGGCGCCAGGAUAGACGUGGCGAUCAACGAGUGCUACGACGGCUCCUACGCGGGAAGUCCACACGAGCUUAUUUCUCAGCCCUCCGGAAUCGCCUUCUCCAGGACGGGACCCACCAGGAGGACGAGCGUCACCAACAUUCUGGUCUGUCGGCCGAAGAGAACCAGACCUAGUCUCUCCGAAUUUCUCGAGCUCGACGAGAACGAGUUCGAGAGCCAGAGGCCGUACAUCACGGGGCACAAUCGGCUCUAUCAUCACACCGUGACCUGCUUGCCGAUAUACCCGAAGGAGAUGGACAUCGACUCCGAGGGCGAAAACGACCCCAAGUGGCUGCAGACCAAGACGAUGAUGAUGAUCGACGACUUCACGGACGUCAACGAAGGCGAGAAGGAGCUGAUGAAGAUGUGGAACCUUCACGUGAUGAAGUACGGCUACGUGGGGGACUGCCAGAUUCCGCUGGCGUGCCAAAUGUUCCUCGAGACCAAGGGGAAGGAGCUGCUCAUGAAGAACCUCUACCGGAACUUUGUUCUCCACAUGUGCAGCCUGUUCGACUUCGGCCUGAUCAGCCCCGUGGUGCUGUACCAAAUGAUCCAAAGGUUGCAGGAGAUCAUGAAGGAGGGUGGCGAGGACGGGGACGUGAGCAAGGUAUUGCAGAAGUCCCACGAGGCUCAGGUCGAGCGCUGGGUCAGCACCCUUCGAGGAGGGGCUCGACUCUCCAAGGACUCGAGCGAGUCGCGGAUCGGCUUCAACGGCGAAGUGCCCAACUCCAACGCCAGGAGGAAGACCACCCUGCCGAUCGCCUCGCCGUCCGGUGGGUCCACCGCGAAGAUCACGGUCACUCUCCACGCCAACGUCAGCAAGGUCGCCAGCAUGGUCGGCUCGACCUCCUCCUCCUCCUCCUCCUCGUCCUCCUCCUCGUCCUCCUCCUCCUCCUCGUCGAUUCAUGGCCCUGAACGAGUACAAAGAGACUCGAGGGACCCUCCCUCGGGUGGCCAGCUCACCGAGAUGCCGCAACGGCGCAAGAGCGCGAACGCCAUCGUGCCGGGCGCGGAUAACCUCGCGACGACGGGGCCGACGACGGGGCCGACGACGGGGCCGACGACGGGGCCGACGAACGCGCCGGCCCGCAGGAAGUCGACGGCCGGCGACAACGUCGCCUACGAGUACCACAGGAGGAAGCUGGUCCUGGACGCGAUACCGUCGGCCCCGACGACGCUCGGCACGGCGAACGGCAACCAAAAACCCUCCCAGAACGGCGGGAGCCAUUAGCCCCGGUCUUUUUACGGAAGAUUGUACGUUUUUGUACAGUAUUUGUUGCGAAUAUUAUGUGAUUGAAAUUAUUAUUAUUAUUAUUAACGAUAAUGUAGAUAAUAAUUCAACGGCCGCCGUCGUUCGGGCAGACAUACCGAUUCCGCUCUCGACUGUCUGCGCUCGCGGAAGCCGGAGAGAGGGCGCCGUCUUGGUACAAGGCUCGGAACUCCGACAGGGACCGUUUCUUGCGAUGCGACGAGUCGAAUCAUUUUUUCUUUUUUUCUUUUUUCGGUUAGAGUUGGGCCGGUAUUUCAUCGGCACCUGAGUGGGAAACUGUCGACUUUAAGAUGGACGCACGGUACUACGCCGUUCCAUUGAAAAAUCGGCCUUACUCGACUCGAGUAAACGCGAGCGUUUGACUCGUUGCAUCUCUACCCCGAGGAAAAGAAAUAUUUCCCUGGUUCGGUGGAGUUUUUUUUUUUCUCGGGGUAGCCGUUUCUCUUUCCCGAUUUUUAAGCGGUCGUGGACCCCGUCCCGCUCGCAGAAUUCGCGACUCGCUCCCAGCCUCUUUUCUACGUUGCUCGGGCUUUUUAUACACAGAAUCGGUUUCGUUUUACUCUAGUCAAUGUGUAUUCGUUUAACGUCUUUAACUGCCAUCCUUCUUUUUUUUUGUCUCUUGCUCGUUUACUUUUCCGUCUCUCUUCUCAUUGAUCCAUCCACGAGCCGUCGGAAGUCCGCGAGUUCGCCUCUUUCCGGGGAACUCUGGGGAAUUCGCUUGAAAAAGAACUCUGCGAGCGUCGAGGUCGGACAUCACUCGCUGGUAGCCGUUGAACGAGCCGACGCGAAGGUGGCGGAGCUUGCGACGAUUCGACCCGGGACUCGUACUUUCACGCUCGACGAUACAAUAAAUGGGAAAAGAAAUCCGCGAACCGACCGAAUCGGAAGUGGAAAGAUGCAGCGGCUUCGGGUUAGAGCGAUGGCGCUUUUCACUGGGGAGAUGUGCAUCGAAGGCCACGCCAGGGACGGGCAAAUUUUUAAUAAGUUAUUAAUUUAUUUUACUUUCUUUUCCGCGCGGUAUGUAUACAUAUUAUAUAUUUAAAUAUAUGUGUAUCGCCCUUCAAUUCCAUAUCAGCGGCCGAAUGAUACGGUUACUCGCGUUUCCCCGCUGAUUAGUAACGACUCAACUAGCGCGAGAAAAUGUAAAAACGAAAGGCAACGCAAAACGUGACGACGGGCAGUCGCGCUCUUCCUCGACUCGAACGCUUCCAUCUUCUCGGGACCCGGCUAGCCCGCGCUCGAUUUCGACGACUGUUUCGAGAAUUGUAUAAAAGUUAUGGAAGGUUAUGGAAAAUAUAUAAUUUUUCAGGAACGCGUCGCCUUUCUCCGGCCGAUGUAAAAUAAAGCACGUCGAGUUGACAAUCAGAAGGUUAUCGGUGGUUAAGCUUGCAAUUUGCCCAUCCCUGAUUAUCGCUUUUUGGUGUAGAGACAAAUCGACCCAGCGAAGAACGCCGUCGCAAAGAUAUGGAAAAAAUAGACGAGCCGAAACUCGUAUCCGCGAUGCACCGAAUUCUGUACGCGAAACGAGUCGACGUAGCGAAAGUGCCUUUUUACGAAAUCCGAAAUCCUCUUUCCGGAGACGGCGCUGCUCUCUUAAUUUAAUUAAUAACACCCACAACGAAAGAAAAGAGGCGCGUCUACCUUUCGUCUGCCUUAGUUCGGUCCAGCGUGUUCGUCGAUCGUUCGAGACUCGAUGUUCCGACUCGUCCAUCGGAGGACUCCAACCGUCGUGCAUGCAUUCCGCCCGAUGUCGACGAACCAUCGCGCCCUACCUUCACGAUCUCGAUUAUAUUUUCCAUUACACUACUGUCCACGUCAGGUUGUAAAUAAUAAAGGCAAUUGGAAACUCCCCGGAAA